AUGGGAUUUGCAGCAACUAAAUCUGAUGUAUCUCUACUCUAUAGAUCAAAUGUCUCUGCCACAGUGUUUCUACUUAUCUAUGUUGAUGACAUCAUUGUGACUGGUACCUCAGCAGAUGCUAUCUCUGAGAAAGCAGGCAUUGACAAUUGCAAAUCCCGACCCACACCAAUGACUUCCAACCUAAAGUUACCUGCUAAUGAAGGUGAGCUCUUUGCGAAUCCCAGGCUCUAUCGCUCUAUUGUUGGAAGUCUGCAGUACCUGACUAUGACUCGACCUGAGUUGGCUUAUUUAGUGAACAAGGUAUGCCAAUUUAUACAAGCCCCACGAGAGCAUCACUGGCAAGCUGUCAAUCGAAUUCUUCGUUACCUUCAGGGGAGCAGCACCCUUGGCUUACAUCUCCAGAAAUCAUCCAAUUUAAAGAUAACCGGAUAUAGUGAUUCUGAUUGGGCAUCUGACCCCGAUGAUAGGAAGUCCACUGCUGAUUUCUGUGUCUACAUGGUUCCUAACCUCAUCUCCUAG